AUUCACUGCCUCUCCACAAGACCCGCGGGACUGCGCUCACCUCACCUCCUCGCCUCACCCUCUCUUCGUUUCCUUCGCUGUACUUGGGUAUUUUUCCGUCCGCUCUUCCUACCGCCGCCCAUGCUCGUGCACGCCUGCCAGAUAUAGCCCCGACCCGUCGCUUCUGCCAGCCUUCACCGUGCCUGUCCCCUGAUUCACCUCGCAAUCGAGCUCCUUUGAGGCCAGCGGGACUGCAGGAGACUCGAUCGCACCCAGCGUCGCAACAAGACCGACCACUCCACUCAUACACUGACCACUUUGUCAGAAUCUAAAUUUCGGCCACGCAAGCCAGUGCCAGAGACGAAAUGUCCAACAUUGCCGGCAACCGAAACAGCACGCCAGAGGGCUCCAGCUCGCUGCGCCCGCCCAACUCGCGCAACACCAUCGGCUCCACCCACCACCUGCGUGCUUCCGCCGACAUGGGAGGCUUUUCCUCCCCGCUCGCCAACCGUGGCAUUCGCCCAGCCUCCGAGGUCUACUUUGGCCGCCAGAACACCCAGUCUGGCAACCCCGACGAGAUGGAGCGCGCCGCCCAGCAGUGGCUCGCCGACAUUGACCAGUAUGAGACCACCUUGGAGGAGAUGGCGACCGCCACGCUCGACCAGGACUUCAAGGACGAGCUCAGCGCCAUUGAGCAGUGGUUCCGCGUGCUGAGCGAGGCCGAGCGCACCGCAGCUCUGUACGCAUUGCUCCAGCAGACCACCCAGGUGCAGAUUAGGUUCUUCAUCCAGGUGCUGCAGCAGAUGUCCAAGAGCCUGCCCAUGUCCAGCGUGCUUUCUCCCGCCAACUUUGGCGAGAAAGAUCCCAUGACACAGAAGCUGAGCGACGCCAUGAGCAAGUUGAGCACCAACGAGAACCGCAACUCGAUGGGACUCGGUCGCCCGCCGCCAUCCCCUGGUGCGAAGCGCAACUCUGGCCUUGACCAAACUACGAUCAGCCGCAUGUUCCCCGACGCUGCGGCUGCCAUCGCAAAGCAAAAGGCAGAGUUCACCGAUAUUACCGGUAUUGCCCCCGCUUCGAACCGUAACAGCACUGUGGGCGACCGCAGCUCGCUUGCCGCCCCGACCAUCUCCGCUCCCGAAGACAAGAAGGAGAACACCGUUCCCGCCUCGCCAUGGGGUGAUGGUCAGCGCCCCAAGUCUUCAGGCCACCCGCAACAGCAGCCUGCCAUGGGCCAAUUCACUGCCCCGCCUCCGUCAGCAGGCCUGCGCUCGCCCCGCCUUCCGCUCUCUGGCGACGGUGGAAACAUGCAGACCACCACGUUGAACGCUCCUGGCCAAGAUGGUGCCAUGCCUCUGCUCUCGCCCUCUUAUGCGCCCGGUGGAAGCUGGGCCUCGCAGCUGAGCACACCCAUGGUGGGUAACUUUGGUCAGACCCAGACGCAGGCUGACAUGGUCGCCAACGCGACCGCCAUGAAGCUUGCUGCCUUGUCCACCGUCAACAAUCGCAUCCAGCUCGACGACGUGCGCAAGUACCGUCGUGCUCGUUCGUCCGAGGGCCAGGGAUCUGGAAACGGUCCCUUGUCCCCCGGUCUUCCCGGUGGAAAUAGCUUCGUCAUGACCAACGAACUCGGCCAGCUUCUGACGCCGCAACAAGCAGCCGCUCUGCAGGCCCAACAGCUUGCUGCCAUGCAAGGCCGUCGCUCUCGUCCUACCUCACCCGGCUUUGCCAUGCAGGGCGGGGGCCUAGGCACCGCGAACUUUCUCUCUCCACAGGCGAACGGCUUCCUCAGCGCAGAUUACGGCAGCUCGCCCCUCGGAAACACUGGCAUGGGUGCCCUGAAUCUCGGCCAGUUCGGUAUCGGCCUGGGUGACGGCCACGGCGGCUACAUCUCGGACCACUCUGAGAUGAAUCGUGGCAGGUCUCCACGAGGACGCCGCGGCAGCUCGAAGCCGCCCGAGGACCCGACCGACUCGAACCUCCUCCAGGACAUCCCGAGCUGGCUCCGGAGUCUGCGUCUGCACAAGUACACAGACAACCUCAAGGAUCUCAAGUGGCAGGAGCUUGUUGAGCUCGAUGAUGAGGGCUUGGAGAAGCGCGGCGUCAAUGCGCUGGGUGCAAGGAGGAAGAUGCUGAAGGUCUUCGAACAAGUGAAAGAAGCAAAGGAACAGGGCAGGCUCCGCACGUAGACGAUCGAUCGACUCGACUCGAACCGACUGGCUCCCGUACAUUGUGUUUCGCGCGCGUAGUACCAUAGAUUUACGACUUUGGAUGGCACGCGGCUGCUAGCCGGCUGUGCGCUCCAUCCAUGCCCACACCAUCCAUCAUAUUCCCAGACUGCUUUCUUGUUCUGCUUACUUUACGAUACGUACGCUGCGAUGCAAUGUUCAUGCAUAUACGGCUCGCUUUGUUUGAUCUGAGUCGCUGCGCGCAUGAGUGCGUGGGUGGGAGGGGGCAUCGGAAAGAAAGGGGGGGUUAACUGAAUUGGCUUGGCCUGACUUCGGAGAUAUAUUUACCUUUGAUAUGGCAUUUUGUGUUGUUAGCAUGAGGGUGGGUUUGGUGUAGAUUGACGGAAAGUAAUGAGAAUUUAGACCUG